CCAUCCGAUCCGAUGAUAGGAGUGCAAUAAAUCAAACCGAAACUGUCAGCAGGAAUUGGAUUUUCGAACCACGCCGCAUCGGCUCUUGGAGAGUGCGAAAGAAGAACUGAGAAGCCGCCCGCUGAGUGUUUUGUAGGUUGCCGGCAAAUUGGCAAUUGGACAUAAAUCUCACUCCAACCAGUAGUAGUAGUAGCAGCAGCAGCAGCAGCAAGUAGUAGAGCAGUAAGGAUGAAGCUAGCCGUCGCCUGCCUGAUAACGCUGGCGGUGCGGUGUGCCCUGGCGAUUCCACCCAAGUCGGAACCGACGAUCUCGGAAUGUACGGCCAAGGGUGGCGAGUGUGAUGAGAGCAAGGGUCGUCCGGUGUGCGGUACUGACAAUCAAACUUACCCGACCAGGUGCCAUCUGAUCCGGGCGCAGUGCAGUGGACAUCAGGUUAGCCUGAAACAUCGGGGGACUUGUAAAGACGUCUGCCUCGCAUCCCGAACGUACGCCCUCCAGCAUCGGUCCAACUCUCCGUACGGGGUGAAAUUUGUGCCCCGCUGCCGGGAGGACGGAACCUACGCCCCGGUCCAGUGCUUGGAAAGCGUCGGCUGCUGGUGCGUCAAUAGCCAAGGCAAACCACUGCCCAACACGACGGUCCAGCACGGGAAACCGGUUUGCGUGAAGAAGGGCAAAUCGAACCAGCGGCGAUCCUCGCCGAGAAAUCCGGUUAGAAACAAACGCAGCUGUUCCCGCAUGGACCGGGCCGUGUUCAACCGUAAUUUGCUGAAACUGUUCGAGAACGAGCACAUUCGGGUGCAGCAGAACGUGAAAGGCGGAUUAACGGCUUCCUCCGGUGGCAGCGGUGGCGUCAGCGAGAAAACCGUCCUGGAUUGGAAGUUUGCCUCGAUCGAUGGCAACCGGAAUGGCAUGCUGGACAAGACCGAGUACCGGGAGCUGAAGCGACUGAUCAAGAAAGUUGUGAAACCCAAACGCUGUGGUAGGUCUUUUGGGAAGAGCUGUGACGCCGACCAGGAUGAACGACUGUCGCGACUGGAGUGGGCCAACUGUUUCUCCAAAGACAAUCUAACACCCGAGAUGGAUCACCGGUACCACCACCCACAAUCAUCACAAUCAUCACCAUCAUCCGUCGCUGCGGCGCAUCAACACCACCAUCAACAGGCGAAUCAGCAACAGCUACACCCCCACCAGCACCACCAGCAUCAUCAUCUGGGUGGCGUUGGCGUCGGCGGCGGCGGUGGAAACGGUGGUGGCACAUUAAUCGGUGUCGGUGUCGGCUCCUCACAUUCUUCCUCUAGCUCUAGCACUAGCUUCCUCCGGUACGAUGAGACACAGCAGAAUAGCUCCAAUGAUUACACUGAUUUUGACGAUGAAGAUGAUUACUCAGAAAAUGACGACGAUUCGGACGAAUUGCCCGAUAGUGAUAAUACGCUACUAAACGGACUGCACUUUAGCUUUGCCGGCAAGCGGCUGCAGCCCAAUCUGUUGCUACAAGGCAAAACAACACUGGAGCUGAAGGGUGACCAGGAUCCCAUCUUCAAGGACAGCGAAGCCGAAUCGGACUGCUUGAGUGACCGGACGGCCGCUUUGGAAGAGCAAAGGAGUGGAGCCACCGCGUUGUACGUUCCGGAGUGUACCGCAGAUGGUCGGUACCAACGGGUGCAGUGCUAUCUUUCCACCGGUUAUUGCUGGUGCGUCCACGAGGAUACGGGAAAGAACAUUCCCGGAACGUCGACCAAGGACAAACGACCGCAGUGUGACGUCUAUCCGGGCGUCGGAGGUCGACAGAUGCGUGGCUGUCCGGAUGAUAAGAAGUUGGAUUUUUUGCGAGAUUUGAAAGACUUUUUGAAGCAACAGAUUGCGAGUAAUUCGGUGACGGCAGCGGACAACACGAAGUGGGGAAGCGAAGACGAAAAGAUUGCGACUCUCAGCUUUGUGCUUCUGGAUAAGAACAAGAACAAGGUUUGGGAGAGGAAAGAGUGGAAAACCUUCCGGGAGCUUGUCACGGAAACAAGACAACUGCGCAAGUGCGGCAAAAAGAUGCCCCGGUAUUGCGACGUAAAUAACGACCGGAAGAUCACUCUCUCCGAGUGGCUCAACUGUCUGCAAACCCAACGGACGGCCUAUGUGGAAGGCGGAUCAGCGGCCAAAUCUUCCACCCUGAUUUCCUCCAGUGUUGCUGGAGGUGGUGGCGGCGGUGGUGUUGGCGGAGUUGGUAAUGGCGGUGGCGUUGGGCUAUCGGAAGGAGGUUGGAAGCCUUCGCUGUCCGCUUCGUCUACCUCGAAGUUCCGUGGUCCCAAUCCGUUGGAAUCGGUUCUGAAAAGUGAUUGAAGACAACGCAGUACCACCACUGACACACUCUCAAACAUGAACAAGAACACACAAACCCAUACACAC